AUUUCGGGAGGUUUUCCAUCAUGAUUAUUGCCUCGCUGGGGUUGGCCAUUCUCUUGCUCCACUGUACAACGUGUGAGAACUCCCUCAUCUCCUCAGCCUGGCACUUCACAUACCCCCUAUAUAAUGCAACCAUCUAUGAAAACUCUGCUCCCAAGACCUAUGUGGAAAGCUCUGAGAAAAUGGGCAUAUACCUCACAGACCCGCAGUGGGCAGUGAGGUACCGGAUUAUCUCUGGAGACGUGGCCAAUGUGUUUAAAACAGAGGAGUAUGUGGUGGGCGACUUCUGCUUUCUGAGAAUAAGGACAAAGAGCAGCAACACGGCCCUUCUGAACAGGGAGGUACGAGACAGCUACACCCUCAUCAUCCAAGCCACGGAGAAGACCCUGGAGUUAGAAGCACUGGCCCGCGUGGUGGUCCGCAUCCUGGACCAGAAUGACCUGAAGCCCCUCUUCUCCCCGCCUUCAUACCGAGUCACCAUCUCUGAGGACAUGCCCCUCAAGAGCCCCAUCUGCAAGGUGAGUGCCACCGAUGCAGACCUGGGCCAGAAUGCCGAGUUCUAUUAUGCCUUUAACACCAGGUCGGAGAUGUUCGCCAUCCACCCCACCAGCGGGGUGGUCACCUUGGCCGGGAAGCUCAACGUCACCUGGAGAGGGAAGCAUGAGCUCCAGGUACUGGCUGUGGACCGCAUGCGGAAGAUCUCAGAGGGCAACGGAUUUGGCAACUUGGCUGCUCUCAUCAUCCAUGUAGAACCUGCCCUCAGGAAGCCCCCAGCCAUCUCCUCGGUGGUCUUGGCUGCACCGGACCGCCAUGAGGAUGCCACCUACGCCACUGUCAUGGUAGACACAAACAGCUUGGGUGUGGAUGUGGACUCACUGGAAAUUGUUGGUGGUGACCCUGGAAAGAACUUUAAAGCCAUCAAGUCUUAUGCCCGGAGCAGUGAAUUCAGCGUGGUUUCCGUCAAAGACAUCAACUGGAUGGAACACCCUCAUGGAUUCAACCUCAGCCUGCAGGCCAGGGCUGGGAGCAGACCUUCCUUUUAUUCCCAGAUCAGGGGCUUUCACCUACCCGCUUCCAAACUGACUUCCCUCAAAUUUGAGAAGGCCACAUACAGAGUGCAGCUUAGUGAGUUUUCCCCCACUGGCAGCCGCGUGGUGAUGGUGAAAGUAACCCCAGCCUUCCCCAACCUGAAGUAUGUUCUAAAGCCAUCCUCAGAGAGUGCAGCAUUUAAAUUGAAUGCCCGCACGGGGCUGAUCACCACCACGAAGCCCAUGGACUUCCAUGACCAAGCCCAGUACCAGCUACACAUCAGAACCUCACCGGGCCUGGCCUCCACCACUGUGGUCAUUGACAUUAUGGACUGUAACAAUCAUGCCCCAGUAUUCAACAGGUCCUCCUACGAUGGCACUUUUGAUGAGAACAUCCCUCCAGGCACCAGUGUUCUGACUGUUACUGCCACAGACCAGGAUCAUGGAGAGAAUGGAUAUAUCACCUACUCCAUCACUCAUCCAAAUGCUGUCCCCUUUUCUAUUGACCCUUACCUGGGGAUCAUCUCCACCUCCAAACCCAUGGACUAUGAGCUCAUGAAUAGAAUUUACACGUUCCGGGUACGGGCAUCAGAUUGGGGAUCCCCAUUUCGCCAGGAAAAAGAAGUGUCUGUUUCUCUUAGGCUCAAGAACCUGAAUGACAACAAGCCAAUGUUUGAGGAAGUUAAUUGCACUGGGUCUAUCCACGAAGACUGGCCAGUAGGAAAAUCCGUAAUGACUGUGUCAGCUAUAGAUGUGGAUGAGCUUCUGAACCUAAAAUAUGAGUUUGUAUCAGGCAAUGAACUCGAGUAUUUUGAUCUAAAUCAUUUCUCUGGUGUGAUAUCCCUCAAACGCUCUUUUAGGAACCACACUACAGGUCAACCCAUCAACUAUUCCCUGAAAAUUACAGCUUCAGAUGGGAAAAAUUAUGCCUCCCCCAUGACUUUGAAUGUUACUGUUGUGAAGGACCCUCAUUUUGAGGUCCCUGUAAAGUGUGAGAAGACAGGGGUACUGACACAUUUCACAAAGACCAUCUUGCACUCUGUUGGGCUUCAGAAUCAGGAGUCCAAUGAUGAGGAUUUCACUUCCUUAAGUGCAUAUCAGAUCAAUCAUCAUACCCCUCAGUUUGAGGACCACUUUCCACAGUCCAUUGACAUCCUUGAGAGUGCUCCUCUCAACACACCUCUAGCCCAUCUGGCAGCCACUGACCCUGAUGCUGGCUUUAAUGGAAAACUGGUCUAUGUGAUUGCAGAUGGCAAUGAAGAGGGUUGCUUUGACAUUGAGCUAGAAACAGGGCUUCUCACUGUAGCUUCCCCCUUAGACUAUGAAGCCACCAGUUUCUACAUCCUCAAUGUAACAGUAUAUGACCUGGGCACUCCCCAGAAGUCCUCCUGGAAGCUGCUGACAGUGAAUGUGGAAGACUGGAAUGACAAUGCCCCCAGAUUUCCUCCUGGUGGGUACCAGGUAACAAUCUCAGAAGACACAGAAGUCGGAACCACUGUUGCAGAGCUGAAAGCAAAAGAUGUUGACUCAGAGGACAAUGGGAGGGUUCGAUAUGUGCUGUUAAGCCCCACAGAGAAGUUCUCCCUCCAUCCUCUCACCGGAGAAAUGGUUGUCACAGGACACUUGGAUCGGGAAUCAGAACCUCAGUAUAUACUCAAGGUGGAGGCCAGGGACCAGCCCAGAAAGGGCCACCAACUUUUCUCUGUCACUGACCUGAUAAUCACAUUGGAAGAUGUCAAUGACAACGCCCCUCAGUGCAUCACAGAACACCUCAGGCUUAAGGUCCCAGAGGACAUACCCCCAGGGACUAUUCUGACUUUUCUGGAUGCCUCUGAUCCUGACCUGGGCCCUGCGGGAGAAGUACAGUAUGUCCUGUUGGAUGAUGCCCACAGGACCUUCCAUGUGAACCCGAUGACCGGGGCCCUCAGUCUGGAGAAAGAGCUGGACUUUGAGAGGAGGGCUGGGUAUAACUUGAGCCUGUGGGUAAGCGAUAGUGGGAAGCCCCUGGCCCGCAGGACCCUCUGCCACGUGGAGGUGAUCGUCCUGGAUGUGAAUGAGAAUCUGCACCCUCCCCACUUUGCCUCCUUUGUGCACCAGGGCCAGGUGCAGGAGAACAGCCCCUCAGGAACCUCGGUGAUGGCAGUGGCCGCCCACGACGAUGACACUGGCUUGGACGGGGAGAUCCAGUAUUUCCUGCGAGCUGGCACCAGCCUCGCCGCCUUCAGCAUCAACCAAGACACAGGAAUGAUUCAGACUCUGGCACCCCUGGACCGAGAAUUUGCAUCCUGUUACUGGCUGACAGUACUGGCAGUAGACAGGGGUUCCGUCCCCCUCUCAUCUGUAACUGAAGUCUACAUCGAGGUUUUGGAUGUCAAUGACAACCCACCCCAAAUGUCCAGACCUGUGUUCUACCCCUCCGUCCCAGAGGAUGCACCCCUGCACACUUCUGUGCUUCAGUUGGAUGCCUGGGACCCGGACUCCAGCUCCAAAGGGAAACUGACCUUCAAUAUCACCAGCGGGAACCAUAUGGGAUUCUUUGUCCUUCAUCCUCUCACAGGUCUCCUAGCCACUGCCCGGCAGCUGGACCGAGAAAACAAGGAUGAACACAUCCUGGAGGUGACUGUGCUGGACAACGGGGAGCCCUCCCUCCGGUCCACCUCCAGGGUGGUGGUACGCAUCGUGGAUGUCAAUGACAACCCCCCUGUCUUCUCCCACAAGCUCUUCAAUGUCCGCCUUCCAGAGAGGCUGAACCCAGGGACCUCUGGGCCUGUGUACAGGCUGGUGGCUUCAGAUCUGGAUGAGGGUCUCAAUGGCAGGGUCACCUACAGUGUCGAGGAGAGUGAUGAGGCAGGCUUCAGUAUCGACCCGGUCACAGGCGUGGUAUCAGCAAGCAGCACCUUCACAGCUGGAGAGUAUAACAUUCUCACGGUCAAGGCAACAGACGGCGGGCAGCCACCGCUCUCAGCCAGCGUCCGGCUACACAUCGAGUGGAUCCCCAAGCCCCGGCCCUCCUCCAUCCCUCUGGCCUUUGACGAAUCCCACUACAGCUUUACGGUCAUGGAGACAGACCCCGUGAAUCACAUGGUGGGGGUCAUCAGUGUUGAGGGCCGACCUGGUCUCUUCUGGUUCAGCAUCUCAGGUGGGGACAAGGACAUGGACUUUGACAUUGAGAAGACGACAGGCAGCAUCGUCAUCGCCAGGCCUCUCGAUACAAGGAGGAGGUCGAGCUAUAACUUGACUGUGGAGGUGACCGAUGGGUCCCAAACCAUUGCCACCCAGGUCUACAUCAUCAUGAUUGCCAAUGUAAACCACCAUCGGCCCCAGUUUUUGGAGGCUCAUUAUGAGGUCAGAGUUCCUCAGGACACAAUGCCUGGCGUGGAGCUCCUCCGAGUCCAGGCCACAGACCAAGACAAGGGCAAGGGCCUCAUCUACACCAUACUCAGCAGCCAAGACCCAGGAAGUGCCAGUCUCUUCCAGCUGGACCCCAGUAGUGGUGCCCUGGUAACUGUGGGGAAAUUGGACCUGGGCUUGGGGCCUUCCCAGCAUACACUGACAGUCAUGGUUCGUGACCAGGAGAUGCCCAUCAAGAGGAACUUUGUGUGGGUGUCCAUUCACGUGGAGGAUGGAAACCUCCACCCUCCCCGCUUCACCCAGCUCCACUAUGAGACACGUGUUUCUGACACCACAGUCCCUGGAGCAGAGCUGCUCCAGGUCCGAGCCAUGGAUGGUGACCGGGGAGCCAAUGCUGAGGUCCACUACUCCUUCCUCAAAGGGAACAGUGAAAGUUUCUUCAACAUCAAUGCCCUGCUAGGCAUCAUCACUCUAGCACAGAAACUUGAUCAGGCAAAUCAUGCCCGGUAUACUCUAACAGUGAAGGCAGAAGAUCAAGGCUCCCCACAAUGGCAUGACCUGGCUACAGUGAUCAUUCAUGUCUACCCCUCUGACAGCAGUGCCCCCGUCUUUUCAAACUCUGAGUACUUUGUAGAGAUCCCUGAAUCAAUCCCUGUGGGUUCCCCAAUCCUCCUCAUCUCAGCUACAAGCUUCUCAGAAGUUACCUAUGAGUUAAGAGAGGGAAACAAGAAUGGCGUAUUCUCCAUGAACUCAUAUUCUGGACUCAUUUCCACUCAGAAGAAACUGGAUCAUGAGAAAAUUUCAUCUUACCAGCUGAAAAUCCGAGGCAGCAAUAUGGCGGGUGCAUUUACUGAUGUCAUGGUUCUUGUUUACAUCAUUGACGAAAAUGACAAUGCUCCCGUGUUCUCAAAAUCAACUUUUGUAGGCCAAAUUAGUGAAGCAGCUCCACUGAAUAGCAUGAUCAUGGAUGAAAACAACAACCCCCUCGUGAUCCGAGCCUCUGACAGUGACAAAGAAGCAAAUUCCUUGUUGGUCUAUAAAAUUUUGGAACCAGAGACUCUGAAGUUUUUAAAAAUUGAUCCCAGCAUGGGAACUGUAACCACCAUAUCAGAGAUGGAUUAUGAAAGCAUGCCUUCUUUCCGAUUCAACAUCUACGUCCAUGACCAAGGAAGCCCCAUCUUAUUUGCACCCAGGGCUGCCCAGGUCAUAAUCAACGUCAGAAAUGUUAAUGACUGUCCUCCCAGGUUCUUGGACCAGAUAUAUGAAGUAGCAAUAAUGAAGCCAAUCCACCGGGGCAUGGAGCUCCUUAAGGUUCAGGCCAGUGAUGAUGACUCAGAAGUCAAUUAUAGCAUCAAAACUGGCAAUGCUGACGAAGCUAUUGCCAUGCAUCCCAUUACUGGUCACAUAUCUGUGUUGGAUCCUGCUCUCUUGGGAGUCUCUCGGGAGCUUAUUGUCAGAGCUUCUGAUGGCCUGUAUCAAGAUACUGCACUAGUAAAACUUUCUUGGACACAAGCUCCUAACACAACCUUGCAGUUUGACCGGGAUGUCUAUAGGGCAACAGUGAAGGAGAAUUUACUGGACAGAAAGGCAUUGGUGAUUCUUGGUGCCCAAGGCAGUCAUUUGAAUGACACCUUGUCCUACUUCCUUUUGAAUGGCACAGAUAUGUUUCAUAUGAUCAAAUCAGCAGGUGUGUUGCAGACGAGAGGUGUGGGGUUUGACAGAGAACAGCAGGACACUCAUGAGGUGGCAGUGGAACUGAGGGACAAUCGGACACCUCAGAGGGUGGCUCAGGCUCUGGUCCAAGUCUCUGUUGAGGAUGUCAAUGACAAUAGCCCUGAAUUUAAACAUCUGCCCUACCACACAAUCAUCCAAGAUGGCACAGAACCAGGGGAUGUCCUCUUUCAGGUAUCUGCCACUGACCAGGACUUGGGGGUGAAUGGUGCUGUCACCUAUGCAUUUGCAGAAGAUUACACAUAUUUUCGAAUUGACCCCUAUCUUGGGGACAUAUCAUUAAGGAAACCGUUUGAUUAUCAGGCUCUGAAUAAGUAUCGCCUCAAAGUCAUUGCUCAAGAUGGAGGAACUCCACCCCUCCAGGCUGAGGAAGAGGUACUUGUCAUUGUGCGAAAUAAAUCCAACCCACUGUUUCAGACACCUUACUACAAAGUCAGAGUGCCUGAAAAUAUCACACUCUAUACCCCUAUUCUGCACACCCAGGCCCGGAGUCCAGAGGGACUCCGGCUCAUCUACAAUAUUGUAGAAGAAGAGCCGUUGAUGCUGUUCACCACUGACUUUAAGACUGGUGUCCUAACCGUGACAGGCCCUUUGGACUAUGAGUCUAAGACCAAACAUGUGUUCACAGUCAGAGCCACAGACACUGCUCUGGGAUCAUUUUCUGAAGCCACUGUGGAAGUCCUUGUGGAGGACGUGAAUGAUAAUCCUCCCACUUUCUCUCAGUUGGUCUACACCACUUCAAUCUCAGAAGGCUUACCUGCUCAGACUCCUGUCAUCCAACUGUUGGCUUCUGACCAGGAUUCAGGGAAGAACCGUGAUGUCUCUUACCAGAUCAUAGAGGAUGGCUCAGAUGUUUCCAAAUUCUUCCAGAUCAAUGGGAGCACAGGGGAAAUGUCCACAGUUCAAGAGUUGGACUAUGAAGCCCAACAACAUUUUCAUGUGAAAGUCAGGGCCAUGGAUAGAGGAGAUCCUCCACUCACUGGUGAAACCCUUGUGGUUGUCAAUGUGUCUGACAUCAAUGACAACCCCCCAGAGUUCAGGCAACCUCAGUACGAAGCCAAUGUCAGUGAGCUGGCAACCUGCGGACACCUGGUUCUCAAAGUUCAAGCUCUUGACCCUGACAGCAGGGACACCUCCCACCUGGAGUACCUGAUUCUUUCUGGCAAUCAGGACAGGCACUUCUCCAUUAACAGCUCAUCGGGAAUAAUUUCUAUGUACAACCUUUGCAAAAAGCACUUGGACUCUUCUUACAAUUUGAGGGUAGGUGCUUCUGAUGGGGUCUUCCGAGCAACUGUACCUGUGUAUAUCAACACUACAAAUGCCAACAAGUACAGCCCAGAAUUCCAGCAGCAUAUUUAUGAGGCAGAAUUGGCCGAGAAUGCAAAGGUGGGGACCAAGGUGAUUGAGUUGUUAGCCAUAGACAAAGACAGUGGUCCCUAUGGCACUGUAGAUUACACCAUCAUCAAUAAACUAGCAAGCGAGAAGUUCUCCAUAAACCCAAGUGGCCAGAUCACCACACUGCAGAAACUAGACCGGGAAAAUUCCACAGAAAGGGUCAUUGCUAUUAAGGUCAUGGCUCAGGAUCGGGGAGGACGUGUGGCCUUCUGCACUGUGAAGAUCAUCCUCACGGAUGAAAAUGACAACCCUCCACAGUUCAAGGCAUCUGAGUACACUGUAUCCAUUCAGUCCAAUGUCAGUAAGGACUCCCCGGUCAUCCAGGUGCUGGCCUAUGAUGCAGAUGAAGGCCGGAAUGCAGAUGUCACCUACUCAGUGGAGGACUUGGAAGAAGAGGUCAUUGAAGUCAACCCAAUUACUGGUGUUGUCAAGGUGAAGGAGAGCCUGGUGGGAUUGGAAAAUCGGGCCUUUGACUUAAAAAUUAAAGCUCAGGAUGGGGGCCCUCCUCAUUGGAACUCUCUCAUGCUGUUACGACUUCAGGUGGUUCCUAAUGAAGUAUCCUUGCCCCAAUUUUCUGAACCUCUAUAUACCUUUUCUGCAUCAGAAGACCUUCCAGAGGGGUCUGAAAUUGGUUCUGUUAAAGCAGUGGCAGCUCAAGAUCCAGUCAUCUAUAGCCUGGUGCAGGGCACCACGCCAGAGAGCAACAAGGAUGGCAUCUUCUCCUUGGACCAAAACACAGGGGUUCUAAAGGUGAGGAAGGCCAUGGAUUAUGAGUCCACCAAAUGGUACCAGAUUGACUUGAUGGCUCAUUGCCCCCAUAAUGACACUUACUUGGGUUCCUUGGUCUCUGUCAACAUCCAAGUGAAGGAUGUCAAUGACAAUAGGCCUAUAUUUGAGGCUGAUCCAUAUAAGGCUGUUCUCACUGAGAACAUGCCAGUGGGGACCUCAGUCAUUCAAGUGACUGCCAAUGAUCAGGACACUGGGGAUGAUGGCCAGGUGAGCUACAGGCUGCCAGUGGACCCUGGUAGCAAUAUCCAUGAGCUCUUUGCCAUUGACAGUGAAACUGGCUGGAUCACCACACUCCAGGAACUUGACUGUGAGACCAACCAGAUCUACCACUUUUAUGUAGUGGCCUAUGACCACGGCCAGACCAUCCAGCUAUCUUCUCAGGUCCUGGUUGAAGUCUUCAUUACAGAUGAAAAUGACAAUGCCCCCCGAUUUGCUUCAGAAGACUAUAGAGGAUCUGUGGUUGAGAAUAGCGAGCCUGGUGAGCCUGUGGCCACUCUUAAAACCUUGGAUGCUGAUAUCUCUGAGCAGAAUAGACAGGUCACCUGCUAUAUCACAGAGGGAGACCCCCUGGGCCAGUUUGGCAUCAGCCAAGUUGGAGAUGAGUGGAGAAUUUUCUCGAGGAAGACCCUGGACCGUGAGCACACAGCCAAGUACUUGCUCCGAAUCACAGCUUCCGAUGGCAAGUUCCAGGCUUCAGUCCCUGUGGAGAUCUUUGUCUUGGACAUCAAUGAUAACAGCCCACAGUGCUCACAGCUUCUCUACACUGGCAAAGUCAGUGAAGAUGUACCUCCAGGACACUUCAUUUUGAAAGUUUCUGCAACAGACUUGGACUCCGACACCAACGCUCAGAUCACGUAUUCUCUGCAUGGCCCUGGCGCGGAUGAAUUUAAGCUGGAUCCUCACACAGGGGAGCUGACCACACUCACAGCCUUAGACCGAGAGAAGAAGGAUGCGUACAGCCUUGUUGCCAAGGCAACAGAUGGAGGCGGCCAAUCGUGCCAGGCAGAUGUGACCCUCCAUGUGGAGGAUGUGAAUGACAAUGCCCCCCGGUUCUUCCCCAGCCACUCUGCUGUGGCAGUCUUCGACAACACCACAGUGAAGACCCCCGUGGCGGUAGUAUUGGCCCGGGACCCUGACCAAGGCACCAAUGCCCAGGUGGUUUAUUCUCUCACGGACUCUGCUGAAGGCCACUUUUCCAUCGAGGCCACCACGGGUGUGAUCCGGCUGGAAAAGCCGCUGCGGGUCAGGCCACAGGCAGCGCUGGAGCUCACCGUCCGUGCCUCUGACCUGGGCACCCCAAUACCGCUGUCCACGCUGGGCACCGUCACAGUCUCUGUGGUGGGCCUGGAGGACUACCUGCCCGUGUUUCUGAACACUGAGCACAGCGUGCAGGUGCCAGAGGAUGCCCAGCGUGGCACAGAGGUGCUGCGGCUGGCCACCCUCACUCGCCCGGGUGCCGAGAAGACUGGUUACCGAGUGGUCAGUGGGAAUGAGCAGGGGCGGUUCCGCCUGGAUGCCCGCACAGGGAUCCUAUACGUCAACAAGAGCCUGGACUUUGAGACCAGCCCCAAGCACUUCCUGUCCAUCGAGUGCAGUCGGAAGGGCGCUUCCUCCCUCAGUGACAUGACCACUAUUGUAGUCAAUAUCACCGACAUCAAUGAACAUCGGCCCCGCUUCCCCCAGCAUCUGUACAGCACAAGGGUCUUAGAGAAUGCCAUCGUGGGGGAUGUUGUGCUGACAGUGUCAGCAACUGAUGAAGAUGGACCUGUAAAUAGUGCCAUCACUUACAGCCUCAUAGGAGGGAACCAGCUUGGGCACUUUGCCAUCCAUCCCAAAAAAGGAGAGCUACAGGUGGCCAAGGCCCUGGACUGGGAACAGACUUCUAGCUAUUCCCUGAAGCUCCGAGCCACAGACAGUGGGCAGCCCCCACUCUAUGAGGACACAGACGUUGCUAUCCAAGUGGUUGAUGUCAAUGACAACCCACCAAGAUUCUUCCAGCUCAACUACAGCACCUCUGUCCAGGAAAAUGCCCCCAUUGGCAGCAAAGUCUUGCAACUGAUCCUGAGUGACCCAGACUCCCCAGAGAAUGGUCCCCCCUUCUCAUUCCGAAUCACCAAGGGGAAUGAUGGCUUAGCCUUCCGAGUGACCGCAGAUGGAUGGUUGGUGACUACUGCAGGCCUGCGCAAGAGAGUCCAGGAAUGGUAUCAGCUUCAGAUCGAGGUGUCAGACAGCGGCACCCCGCCCCUCUCAUCUUCCACGUCGGUCAAGGUCCACGUCAGGGAGCAGAGCCACUACCCACCCUCUGCCCUCCCCCUGGAGAUCUUCAUCACCACUGGGGAGGAGGAGUUCCAGGGCGGCAUGGUGGGCAAAAUCCACGCCACAGACCGAGACCCGCAGGACACACUGACCUACAGCCUGGCAGGAGAGGAGAGCGUGGGCCGGCGCUUCUCAGUGGGGGCGGCCGACGGCAAGAUCAUUGCCUCCCACGCGCUGCCUCGGGGCCGAUACACAUUCAACGUCACGGUCAGCGACGGAACCUUCUCCACCAUGGCUGGUGUCCACGUCCACGUGUGGCACAUGGGCCCGGAGGCUCUACAGCAGACCAUGUGGAUGGGCUUCCACCAGCUCACCCCGGAGGAGCUGGUGAGUGACCACUGGAGGAACCUGCAGAGGUUCCUUAGCAACUGGCUGGACAUCAAACGAGCCAACAUCCACCUGGCCAGCCUUCAGCCAGCAGAGACCACGGCUGGUGUGGAUGUGCUCCUGGUCUUCGAGGGGCACGCGGGGGCCUUCUCCAAGCUCCAGGAGCUGGCAUCCACCAUCGCUCGCUCAGCCAAGGAGAUGGAGCACUCGGUGGGAAUUCAGAUGAGGUCGGCCAUGCCUGUGGUGCCCUGCCAGGGGGCAAGCUGCCAGGGACAAAUCUGCCAAGAGACCGUGCGCCUGGACCCCAGGGUUGGGCCCACGUACAGCACAGCCCGGCUCAGCAUCCUGACCCCGAGGCACCGCCUGGAGAAGAACUGCUCCUGUAAAGGUACUGCCGUGAGGUUCAGCGGUCAGAGUUUUGGGCGGUACCGUCUCCCAGAGGCUCAGAACGGGCACAUCCACUUCCGCCUGAAGACUCUCCAGUCACAGGCAAUUCUCCUGUUCAGCAAUAAGACAGUGCGUCUCUCCCUGAAGCUGGUCAAUGGAGUGCUCCAGCUGGAAUACCACUGCCCAGGUGGCUUCUAUGGAAAUCUUUCCUCCCGGUCGCAUGUGAAUGACCACGAGUGGCACUCUGUUCUGGUGGAGGAGAUGGACACUUCCGUCCGCCUGUUGGUUGACAGUGCAAGCAGCACCUCCCUCGGGCUCCCAGAGAACUGCCGGGGUCUGAGGCCUGAAAGGGACCUCUUUCUGGGUGGCCUCGUCCACUCGCAUUCUUCCCCAAAUGUCUCCCAGGGCUUUGAAGGCUGCCUGGAUGCUGUUGUGAUCAACGGAGAGGCACUGGAGCUGCUGGUCCAUGGCAAGAAGGUGGCUGGCUUGCUGGAGAGGCGGGCCCUCACGGAGUGCUGCUUCCCCAGUGAGCAGUGCAGCCAGAACCCAUGUCUCAAUGGUGGGAAGUGCUCGCAGACUGGUGGGGCAGGAUAUAUCUGCACAUGCCGCCCACAGUUCUCCGGGAGGCACUGCGAACAAAGAAAGGAGAACUGCACCUCGACUCCCUGCCUGGAAGGUGGAACUUGCAUCUCCUCCCCCGAGGGAGCCCCCUGUAUCUGCCCUCACCCCUACACAGGAGACAGGUGUGAAAUGGAGGCCAGGGGCUGCUCAGAAGGACACUGUCUCGUCACCCCUGAGAUCACAAGGGGGGACUGGGGACAGCAGGAGAUUCUGAUCAUCGUAGUGGCCCUGCUGGUCAUCGUUGUCAUCUCCACGGUGCUUCUCUUCUACUGCCGCCGUUGCAAGUCGCACAAGCCCGUGGCCAUGGAGGACCCAGAUCUCCUGGCCAGGAGUGUGGGUGUUGACACCCAAGCCACACCUGCCAUUGAGCUCAACCCCCUGAACACCAGCUCUUGCAAUAACCUGAACCAAAUGGAGCCAGGCAAGACCUCAGCUCCAAAUGAACUUGUCACCUUUGGACCCAGCUCUAAGCAACGGCCCAUGGUCUGCAGCGUUCCUCCCAGACUCCCGCCAGCUGCGGUUUCUUCCCACCCUGACAACGAGGCCAUCAUUAAGAGGAGAUGGUCAGGAGAGGAGAUGGUGUACCCAGGAGGAGCCACGGUCUGGCCCCCAACUUACUCCAGGAAGGAACGCUGGGAAUACCCCCACUCCGAAGUCACCCCUGGCCCUCUGCAACCAUCUCCUCACUGCCACCAGAACCCAGCCGUGAUGCCGGACCCCAGUGGCCUCUACGGGGGCUUCCCCUUCCCACUGGAGCUGGAAAACAAGCGAGCACCCCUCCCACCCCGUUACAGCAACCAGAACCUGGAAGAUCUGAUCCCCCCACGGCCCCCCAGUCCCCGGGAGCACCUGCCGGCUCCCUGUCUCAAUGAGUACACGGCCAUCAGCUACUACCACUCGCAGUUCCAGCAGGGAGGGGGAGGGCCCUGCCUGGCAGAAGGGGGCUACAAAGGGGUGAGCAUGCGCCUCAGCCGGGCCGGGCCCUCUUACGCUGACUGCGAGGUUGGGGGUGGGCACCCCAUGGGCCGGGGCCAGCCCCAGGCCCCCCCCAACUAUGAGGGCUCUGACAUGGUGGAGAGUGAUUAUGGGAGCUGUGAGGAGGUCAUGUUCUAGCUGUCCUCAGAGGGAGGCAGGCGGGAGGCUGAGGACUCGACACCUACCCCCGUCUGGUGGGGAGUGAAUUGAGCAUGGCUGGGAAAGAGGGAGGGAAGCCCCCAUACCCAGUCCAAGCUGCCAAAUCUUGAAAUGUGCUCUUGCAGACCCCCAGCUGGUCCCUGAGGAUGGAGGGAAGCUGAGGGUAGAGCUCCAGACACCGCACCAGGGCUCCCAGCAGAAAGGGGGUGCCCAGAGCCGUUACCCUGGAAACCCAGGAAAAACUGGCUCCUGGGAUAGGCAAGAGGCAGUGGGUCCCCCAAUGGUCCCCAGGGAUCCAGAGCCUGAACUAGUGGGCCGACCCUGACGGGCACACUCUUAGACCUGCCCGCAGCUGCGCUCUGCAGGCCACGGCGGGCCCGUGCCUCACAGGCAAGCACCACACCUGCUGUAGAGACAAGGUCCAAGGUCACAAACCCUGCGAAGCAACAGGGGCUCUCCAAGGGGCUGAGAGGUGAGCAGCAGGUGAGCAGCUACCAAAUGUCACCUGUGCACCCUGCCUGCCAGGCAUCGGGGGUAAGAAGAUGAACCUCGGUGACGAGGGUUCUCCACCGGCAUCACUUGGCCUCAGUCCUGAUGGUCCCACUCCUCUAAUCUAACUCCAAGCACCUUGUCCCUCCUUUUCUAAGCCAUGUGACUUUCUACCAGCCAGGGCCGGCCAGGAUCUGUGCAGCCCUGAACCGUCUUUGUUAAAGAAUUCAGACCUCAUGAAACUCUGGGCUCUUCAGCCCAAGUUUCGCAAGCACUUUGGGCCAAAGGCAAGAAGGGCACGAUUCUUCAUGUUUGAAAUAAUUCUUAGGCACUUUUCAACCUUGCUGUCUGGAUGAGCUGCCCCAUAGGGACUUUUCUUCCCUAGACACAAGGAAGUCAACUCCUGCGCAGGGAAGGGAGGCAGCAGGGAGUCAGACACCAGGAGGGUCCUCCCCUGCCCCCUCUGUCUCAGAGGCCUGCCAGUCCAAGUAUUACCUGCAGUGACUCAACCCUAUGCAUGGAGGGUCAGUGUGGGCGCAUGUCUACACACAUGGGCGCCCAUGUAUAGUACGUGUGCACACAUGUGCAGAAUGUAUGUAGCCAGGAGUGGGAGAGACCAGAGGCUUCUGGUGGCCUGGCCACUCCUUCCCCUGCCACUCUGGUCCACUGCUUUUUCAUGUGUGUUGUUUAGGGACACAAAAGUAAAAAGGAAGAGAGAUGGUGACUCUUACCCAUGAGGCUGCUGCUUACAGCUAGAGGGAGCUGUGUGGGUGAGAGGGUGUCUGUGUGUGUGGUUUGCGGCUGAACGGGUGACUGUGAGCGUGAAUGAUGGAGUGCCUGGUUUCAUUGCUCAUCUGUUGUUGUGGUUUUUUUUUUUUAACAAUAAAAUAUCUUUUUUACUGUUA